CUGCUAUUCCAGUGUCGAUAAAAAGUUUUUGUCUGUUUAACCAGUCAUUCAGUACCACAAGUUAACAUCGGACAUAGUCAUAUUUUCUUUAAUUUUAGCUUACUUGACGAAUUCGUACAUCAACUAUAGACGGUAGAUGCUGAUCGUCAAUAAAACGAUCGAUAACCGGCUCCUUGCCUAUCUCUCGUUGUCAUUGGCAUUCAUGCGAUAAAAAUUGAAGUCAUACUCCAGUGACGACGUGACGUGCUUCAAAAGCUAGAUUUACUGAACUGUGAAACCAAUUUCAGCUGAACUUUAAUUUGUGACAGUGUCGACACUUCUUAGUUUAUUCUGCUAACCGUUGAUGCAACAUUGAGGCUCGAAAUUUGAUAUCCCCGAAUUAAAUUCGAUUAACAUCACAACAGCCCCGAAUUUUAUUAACAUCGUAACAGCCGAUUUAUUUUGGAAGAAUGUGGCUUCGUUUCACCCAGGAGCAUCAGGUACUAUAUUAGUGAAUCAAAAGACUGAACUUGGACAGGGAACAUGUAAAACACUGUAAUUUAGUGUACACUGCCAGGAUACUCCCGAUUCUAUUUUUAGUAACAAGUUCCAGGUCCUCUAACCUUGUUAGAUGGCAGUCUUCGUUAAAAUAGGUAACUUUUUAAACUCCCAACCCACGGGUUCAAGUUCCAUUUACCACACUUCAUUUCACUGCCAACAGCAUUUUAUUUGUUUCUGUGUUCGCCUGGUUUGCUUUGUUAAACUUUUAUCGAAAUGUUGGGAGCCCCCAGAAGAUUCCACGAUGAGCCUCGUCUGCCCCGAAAACGGAGAACUUCAAAGAAACUUCCCUACCGCCCACCAGCGUUUGACAGAAAUGGCAAGCUGGACUCAUCACAGGCUCAUUUUAACCACGCGGCUGCUAAACAGAGAAUUGAGCAGUGCAUCAUGUCUGCUAAUGAGAGAGCUGAGCCGUGUUAUGUUCCCACAAAACAGAAAAUAGAACCGUGUAGAGAUCCUGUGAAUAUUAGUAAACUUCCGCCCAGAUACAGUGAGAAGUAUGCACCACUCAACUUCAGGUCAACUCCACGUAGUGUCAGUCGUCAGCCACGUCACCAGUUGUAUAGAGAUGAACCGCGGAUGGUGGGGACCCAGUUCGAGAAACGCGACCUUUUCCUCAACGCAGUGCCCAGUAACGUAGGAGAAGAUGACAUCAAGAAAGCGCUCGCAGUUUACAGGAUCAGCACCAUCAGGGUGACUAUUCGCCAGCGUGUUAAUGAUAAUACCCGCUUUGGCUUUGUAACCCCGCAGAGUGCUGAUGACUUUGAGCAGAUGAAACAGCUGGGUUCGUUGCACGUGAAGGGAACCACUAUUCCUAUCAGGGUAUCCAGAGAGAAGAACGAGGAGGACGAAGAUAGUCGUCUCAAAGCCCGAAUCUCAGUUCUUCUCAGGAAAGCUACAGAGUUAGGUAUAAACCUCAAGGAUAUCCUUAACACGCCGUCUACAAGUUCCAGGGAUUACAGCAAUGAACUUUCUAGAACUUCUUGUCAACUCUUUCACGCUGUCAAGGACAACUGCGAAGAGGUACGACUGACACGCUCUCUCCGUGUAGACCCCACCACUAACGAGGCUGAAGACUCGUGCCGUCUGAAGCGGGACCCGAUGGAGGAGGCCACGUUUGAUGACGUCAAACAGCACGACUCAAAGCUCGACGACAUCACCAAAUUCUACUCUACCCCGACUAGACUGUCGUCUAGUUUCCGUCAGCUGUUUGAUCACAUGACCUCGGAGAGGGGUGAAGAAGGUGUUGAGUCUGAUGUUGAAGAGGUGGAGGUGGUGGAGCUGGAACCUACUAACUCCAUGCUACGAUCACUACAUUUAGAGAGAGCCGGGAGAAACAGUCGAGGUGCGGGUUCCAGCCUUAAUAAUCUCGAUAAGAAGACUGCUUCACAGAACAAGAGUGUUUCAGAGAACUCAGACUCGUACCACACCCCAAGAUCAUCCCGCAGCCAGUCUACAGUAAAAUCAGAAGACCAUGUUCCCACUAAACGCCCUGCUAAUCACGUGACGUCACGUGAGGUGGCUCGUGGAACCACGCAGGACUCUGGAAUAUUCCAGAGUAGUAGUAGUAACAACUUUUCUGGAGCUUCAGCAACCGGUUUCCCCUCGCUCAACCCUAACACCCCUCCAGCUUCUCCCUGUCGGUACGUGAAACCUCCUCCUCCUCAACCUAUCAAACCUCAAGUCAAACCUGUCGUUAGUGAUCGGCCUAAAAAGAGCAGAAAGCCUGAUAUACCGUACAACUUCAGAUACCUGAUCGAUAAUCCAGAGGAGCUUGAUAACUGGUUUGGUGAGGAUGAUGUCACUGGUGAGGAGACGGUAGGCAGUGACAGAGGCAGUCCUAUGAGCUUCGAGGAAACUUUUGAUCUGGCAGAUAUCCCUCUCACUCAUCAUGUUGAGUACCCUAAUGUGAGCAUUGAGAGUUUUGAACCGGGUCGAGUUGAGAGAACUCUUGAUGCAGGACAAUUCCAACGUUGGGGUAACUUGAACGGUCAAGACCCUCAUUCUCUGAUAUUACAAGAAAAUGUGUUGCUGCUGGAACUUUUCCGGGAUGAUUUAGUUAAGAUGGUUAAGGAGAAAGAUUUUGAGGAAUUCGAGGGUAUUGCUCUCCAGGUGAAUCAGAUUUUCGGACUUCUAGUCGACCUUAAGCUUGUAUCUCAAAAUGUUAUCGAUUUGGAUGUAGAUGUGGUUUUAGAAGAGUUAAAGAUCAGCGAAUCCAGAGUGUUGGACGUAUUGGAACUGAUCAAAGAGAUUGAAAGUGAGGAUUCUGAAGACGAGUUCCUCCAAGAACUGAAAGAUGACAAUCUCAAAGAGAGUGAGACUGAGCUGAAGGAGAGGAAAGCUGAUCUGCUUAUUCUACAAAUUACCAACGUUGUUGACUUUGAGUUUGGGAUCACCAACCCAGAAACAUCUCAUGGAACAGCCUGUUAGACAUUCGAAAACUGACUACCGGCCUGUUAACUGAAUUUUAUUUUCGAGUUUUGAUUUUUGUGUUUGACAAAAUGGUGUCUGUUUGUUUUAUUUGCAAACUUAUGAAUUAUAAUCUCUUUCCUUGAGAUUCCGUAUUGUUCGAACCUUUUUAUAAUUUAUCACGUUCACACGGUUUUGAAACGUAGGUUUGAUUUUAUCAACGAGUUUUCACGUACACAAAUAUCUAAUAAUGAUAUUUUCUGAGUAAUGAUAUGUUGAAUCGUAUCAAACUACGCUAUAAUUAUAUUCUGCAAGAAUCGUUCAAUGUUAUCAAAAUAUAUACCCGUAACUAUAAUUAUACCUUGAUUAUUUGAUGCCGUUUUUAUAUUGAGAUUGUUGUUUUAAUUAUCCAGUGCUUGAAACUCAACUUAUUAUGAGUAAUACAAAUACAAAGUACAAAUGAUAAUCAAUUUCUCUUCGAACACGACACGCAAAUUUUGAACCAUUUUCUUUGCAUUGAAGAUAAUCACAUUGUCAUUAUUCGUACAUCACUGAAAUGCCAGCAUUCAAGGUGUCAUACCAAUUCUAACUUCUCACAACCAACUCGGCGAUUCUAACUUCUCACAACCCAACUCUAACUUCUCACAACCCAACUCUAACUUCUCACAACCCAACUCUAACUUCUCACUACCCAACUCUAACUUCUCACAGCACAACUCUAACUUCUCACAACCCAACUCUAACUUCUCACAACCCAACUCUACCUUCUCACAACCCAACUCUAACUUCUCACAACCCAACUCUAACUUCUCACAACCCAACUCUAACUUCUCACAACCCAACUCUAACUUCUCACAACCCAACUCUAACUUCUCACAGCCAACUCUAACUUCUCACAACCCAACUCUAACUUCUCACAACCCAACUCUACCUUCUCACAACCCAACUCUAACUUCUCACAACCCAACUCUAACUUCUCACAACCCAACUCUAACUUCUCAUAACCCAACUCUAACUUCUCACAACCAACUCUAACUUCUCACAACCCAACUCUAACUUCUCACAACCAACUAUAACUUUUCACAACCCAACUCUAACUUCUCACAACCAACUAGACUCUAACUUCUCACAACCCAACUCUAACUUCUCACAACCCAACUCUUCCUUCUCACAACCCAACUCUAACUUCUCACAACCCAACUCUAACUUCUCAAAACCCAACUCUAACCUCUCACAACCCAACUCUAAGCUAUCACAACCCAACUCUAACUUCUCAAGCCCAACGCAACCCUAACUUCUCACAACCCAACUCUAACCUCUCACAACCCAACUCUACCUUCUCACAACCCAACUCUAACUUCUCACAACCCAACUCUAACUUCUCACAACCCAACUCUAACUUCUCACAACCCAACUCUAACUUCUCACAACCAACUCUAACUUCUCACAACCCAACUCUAACUUCUCACAACCCAACUCUAACUUCUCACAACCCAACUCUACCUUCUCACAACCCAACUCUCACCUCUAACCCCCACCCAGGGUACAUGGCAUACAGAGUACCGAGCCUCCUCCGCCCCGGUUUCCUCUCACUCCACCACCUGACCAGAGCUAUGAGCUCCGAAGUUCAUUUCCAGGACUCUGGUCGUGUCGGGCUCAUCACCCUGGACAGACAGCGAGCCCUGAACGCUGUAAACGAGAACAUGGUUCAACAGAUCAGCGGUAAGCUGGUGGAAUGGCGGGGGAGGGAGGACCUGGAGGUUGUGUGUAUUGAGGGAGCGGGGACUAAAGCGUUCUGUGCGGGAGGUGAUGUUGUGUCCAUCACUAAGGAGCAGGUGGAGAGUGUGGCUCUGAACUUCUUUCAUGAUGAGUUUCAGAUGAACCAUAUGAUUGGGACGUACCCUAAAGUUUAUGUAGCGCUCAUUCAUGGUAUAACCAUGGGAGGAGGGGUAGGGUUAUCAGUUCACGGCAAAUAUCGUGUCGCCACAGACAAGUCUCUCUAUGCCAUGCCGGAAACAGCUAUCGGGUACUUCCCAGAUGUGGGAGGAUCCUACUUCCUAUCACGUCUCCCACAACCGUACGGAAUGUUCCUAGGACUGACCGGACACCGGUUGAGAGGAGCUGACCUGAAACACAUGGGAAUAGCCACACACUACACGACAGCUGAGAAGUUACCAGCUCUAAAAGCUGAUAUUUUGACCAGUGAUCGGAGUUCUAUUGGAGAUAUUUUACAGAAACAUGAGGUUGAGGCCCCGGCUCCUUUCUCGUUAGACCCACACGAGAGUCUGAUAAAACAUUGCUUUUCUGCGGAUUCUGUGGCGGGGAUCUUGUCACGUUUAGAACAGGAUGGUUCGGACUUUGCCCUGAAACUAGUGAAAAGUUUACAGCGCAUGUCACCCCGGUCCCUUGUCAUAACACACAGGCUCCUCUCCAUUGCACCCUCCAAAUCUUACGAGGAGUGCUUUGCGAUGGAGUUCAGAGCCGCGCAUCAGAUCGUGCGGAGUGGCGAGUUCACGGAGGGUGUGCGAGCGCUGCUUGUUGACAAGGAUAACGCGCCUGUCUGGAAUCCUGCCAAGAUUGAGGAAGUGACAGAAGAGAUGGUGGAGGAGUAUUUUAAAGAGAGGACUAGGGCGUGGGAGCCAUUGAAACUUGACUAGAUACUUUUGGUGGUUCUGACUGUGAUAAUUUAAGGGGACAUUCUGUAAUUUAUUCCUUUAGGUCAAAUUUUAUUAUAUAUUUUGUUAGAUAAUAGCUGUUAUCCUUAUAAUUGAGUUUUUCGGAAAUUUUAUGCAUUACGUUGUUGUUGUAUCUUUGAGAAUGUAAUAAAGUUUAUGAGAUCUUGAUACAAACUAUA